UUAUUUUUGUCAAUGCAUCAAGGUUACUGCAACAUUGUCAUUGCACCAAUUAUCAUAACAUUGUUAGUGCACAAAGGUUAUCAUAUCAUUGUCAAUGCAUCAAGGUUAACAUAAGAUUGUCAAUGCAUCAAGGUUAUCAGAACAUUGUCAAUGCAUCAAGGUUAUCAUUACAUUAUCAUAAGAUUGUCAAUGCAUCAAGGUUAUCACAACAUUGUCAAUGCACCAAUGUUAUCAUAUCAUUGUCAAUGUAUCAAGGUUAUCAUAACAUUGUCAAUGCAUCAAGGUUAUCACAACAUUGUCAUUGCACCAAGGUUAUCGCAACAUUGUUAGUGCACCAAGGGUAUAACAGCAUUGAGAACAUUCACCCUGUCUUUCACUUAUUUUGUGAACAUUUUAAGAAAACAAAGUACAUACUUAUUUAUUAACCAUUUAAUACAUGCAAAGAUCUAAGGUAAGGGUAAAGGGGGAAUUGACCCUCUUGGUAUUUGUCUAGUACAUGUAUGCCAAAUCCCUUCAACAAAGUUUUUUUGUAAUGAAAAUGUUUAAUCAUGGUAAAACUAGUGAAAAUUUUAAUCAUGACCCCCUCUGGAAUAUGCAUUUCCCCUAGUUAAUUUUUAGACCCCCAUCUGCCCAACCCAAACUCCCCUUCCCCCCCCCAACCCCCCAACCCCCUUUGGAAAAAAUCCUGGAUCUUCACCUAUAUGAUACAUACACUAUUAAGCAGUAUUGUCCAACAUACUAGGUUUCAGGUAUUGAAUUUUAUUGUAAUGGAAGAUUAAUGUCAGCAGAAUAUUAAAGAGAAAUAGCACUGGCUAUAAUAUUUAAUGUACUUUAUGGUGUAUACAUGUAUAAUACAACAUGACAACAACAGGGAAAACGGAUGACAAUGUAAUAUCUAGUUUGAAUAUAUACAGAGAGUUUAUACUUCCUGGGGUUAUAGUGAGUGAACCUGUGACAAGAUCACGUACUUCCUGUAUUAAGUACAAUGAAUUAAAAUUAUACAGGGAGCUGUCGGAGAAGUUAAAGGCAGAGAAAGGAUCAUUGAUACCAAUAGUGUGUGAUGUUUCUAAAGAAGAACAAGUAUUGUCAAUGUUUGAAAAGAUCAAAUCCGAGUUUGGUGGUACAGACGUGUGUAUAAAUAACGCUGGUCUGUCCCAAGCUGCACCGUUAUUAUCAGGUAAAACUGAACAGUGGAAAAAUAUGCUUGAUGUAAAUGUUCUUGGCCUAUGCAUGUGUACACGUGAGGCAGUCAAGUCGAUGAGAGAAAGAGGUGUAGAUGACGGACAUGUUAUACAAAUAAAUAGCGGAGUUGGUCAUAAACAGUAUGCUUCAAAUCCAGACGGACAUUUUUACAGUGCCACCAAGUUUGCUGUUACUGCUCUUGUGGAUGGAUUAAGGAAUGAAUUGUCACUUUCAAAAACACAUAUUAGAGUGACCAGCAUCAGUCCUGGUUUGACGGAGACAAACUUUGCUCACAGGAUGUAUGUUCAUGACCCUCAGGUUGCAGUCAAGAAAUACAGUGCUUUUGAGAGUUUGAAGCCAGUGGAUAUAGCUGAUGGGGUUAUAUAUGCACUAAGUGCACCUAAACAUGUACAGGUCCAUGAAGUUAAGAUUAAUCCAACAGAGCAGCCUUGAGAUGGAAUAUAAAGUGUUUAAGCUUAUUGUAAUGGUGUGUUUUGUAUAAAUUCAUAAUUGAAUCAUUAUCAUAAUAUUAUACAAUCAUAAAAUUUUUUUUUUUCUUUAUACAUUUAUUUUAUUCCCUUUAUAGACUAUAACAGAUAUAUUUACACGUAUAAAUU